GGAAGUCAGAUGACCCUGUUCCCUCUUCCCAGUAACUCUCAGCCGGUCCCUGCCCCUAAGAUUGAGACCAUGGGUUUCCUGCAUGCUCUCUUACUGCUGCCCCUGUAUGCAGGCUUAUCUAUCACUGCUCCCUCCUGUUCCAGGAAUGUGAAGAUUUUGGGUGGCAACUUCACUCUCAGCAAUGGUUGGGCCCCAGGAAGCCUCCUCACCUAUACCUGCCCUCUAGGGCGCUACCCAUACCCUGUGUCGACUCGGUUGUGCAACAGCAAUGGGCAGUGGAAGUCCCUAGGAGCCUCCGAAGGCACCAAGGCAAUAUGCAAAUUUGUGCGCUGUCCAGCUCCUGUUGCCUUUGAGAAUGGGGUCUACAGUCCCCGGCUGAGCAGUCACCCUGUGGGUGGUAAUGUGAGCUUUGAGUGUGAGGAUGGAUACAUCUUGCGUGGUUCUCCCAUGAGGCGCUGCAGACCCAAUGGGAUGUGGGAUGGAGAGACGGCUUUAUGUGACAAUGGAGCCGGGCACUGCCGAGACCCCGGAAUUCCAAUCGGGUCUGUGAGGACAGGAUACCGAUUCAAUGUUGGUGAUCGGGUGAAGUAUCGUUGUUCAGAGAAGCUGAUCUUGGUAGGGUCUGAGGAACGAGAGUGCCAGGCGAAUGGGGUCUGGAGUGGGACUGAACCCAUUUGCAGAUCUUCCUACUCCUAUGAUUUCCCUGAGGAUGUGGCCCCAGUCCUGGACACUGCCUUUUCUCAAGUCCUUGGUGCCACCAACCCACUGAUGCAAAAAUCAGGCAAUUUGGGCCGGCGUAUCCAGAUCCAGAGGUCAGGCCACCUGAAUCUCUACUUGCUCCUUGAUUCUUCCCAGAGUAUCAGUGAAGAAGACUUUGGCAUUUUCAAAGAGAGCGCUCGACUUAUGGUAGACAGGAUCUUCAGCUUUGAUAUCAACGUCAGUGUUGGCAUUGUCACUUUUGCUAAGACUCCCAAAGUCAUCUUGUCCGUCACUAGCAAGAGUUCCCGGGAAGAGACUGAAGUAGUCAAAAAGCUGGAGGACAUCAAAUAUGGAGACCCAGACAUUGGAACUGGAACUAACAUCUACAGAGCCAUGAAGCAAAUCUAUGACAUGAUGAAUAAUGAAAUGGUCAGAAGGCAGAAGGAGUGGGAAGAAAUUCGACAUGCCAUUAUCCUUUUAACAGAUGGAAAGUCCAACAUGGGUGGAUCUCCAAAAGCAGCUGUAGACCUGAUUGAAGAAGUGUUGAACAUAAAGGCAGACAGGAAGGAUUAUCUGGAUAUCUAUGCCAUUGGUGUGGGGAAACUGGAUGUAGACUGGAAAGAGCUGAAUGAGCUGGGGUCAAAGAAGGAUGGGGAGAGGCAUGCCUUCAUUCUCCCAGACGCCAAAGCCCUCCUCCAGGUUUUUGAGAAUAUGUUGGAUGUUUCCAAGUUUGUGGACACCAUCUGUGGUGUGGGAAAUAUGUCAACCAAUGCUUCAUCCCAAGAGAGGACACCCUGGCACGUCACCAUUAAGCCCAGCAGCAAAGAGACAUGCCGUGGGGCACUUAUCUCUGAUCAAUGGGUACUGACUGCAGCCCACUGCUUCCAUACACAUAAUGAUACCAAGCUGUGGAGAGUCAUUGUGGGAGAUCCUAAGUUAAAGAGGGGUAGAGAGAUGCAGAUUGAUCAGCAGUUCAUUCCAGAAGAGUACGAUGUUUAUGCUAAGAAGAACCAAGGCAUUUCUGAGUUCUAUGGUAAUGACAUUGCUCUGCUGAAGCUGACUGAAAAGGUCAAGAUGUCCAGCCAUGCCAGACCCAUCUGUCUUCCCUGUACUGUGGGGGCCAACCUGGCCCUGCGGCGUUCACCAGCCAGUACCUGUUUUGACCAUGAGAAUGUAUUUUUGAAGAAAAAAGAAAUCCCUGCUCAUUUUGUCUCAUUGGAUGAUCAGAUAAUGGACAUUGUUCUCAAGGAAGAAAAUGAGCGGGCACUGUGCAUCCAAGCUGUCUCUCAAGCUAAAAACCUUUUCCCUAAUCUCACCGAUGUGAAAGAAGUAGUGACUGACCAAUUUCUGUGUAGUGGUGCUGGAAAUGAGGCAUCCCCUUGCAAGGGAGAAUCUGGAGGGGCAGUUUUCCUUCAGAAGAAAUACAGGUAUUUUCAGGUGGGGGUGGUGAGCUGGGGUCUAUAUAAUCCAUGUUCCUCAAAGACAACAAAUCAUGCCCUGAAGACAACAGACCAAAAUGAGGUGAAACGCCAGCCACCCCCAGCUGACCGUGAAGCCCGAGAUUUCCACAUCAGCGUCUUUCGGCUUCAGCCCUGGCUGAGGCAACAUCUGAAAAAUGUCUUACGUUUUCUGCCCCUUGGGCCAGCCUCCUGAAUCCUGACCUUCCUAGUGUCCAGCUACUGACCUUCAAGUCUUGUCUCUUUGAUCUCAGCCUGCCCUUUGUAGCAGGGACCUGCCUGGCCUCUAGCCCUAGUUAUCCUAAUAUUUGAGUUCUUUACAUAGCCCUUCUCUUUCUACCGUAUCACACUUCCAUUCCCUCUCCCCUCUUCCCCAACUUUACUUUUCGUUUCUAUUUUCUGCCCCUUCUAGGCAUGCCUGGAUUUUCCCAAUUGUGAAAUUAAUAAAUUUUUGAGAUUUCACCAUA